AUGAAAAGGACGAUCAAGAAUUUGUGUAAAUACUUUUGUAGGAAAUGUAAUAAUUUUAUUUUUUACAAUGAAGCAUGUGAACUGAUAUAUGCAAAGGUAUACCCACAGUACUCCAGGAUCUACUACGACAAAAAUGCGUUCGACAAGCACAGCGGUAAUAGCAAUGUUAGCGGCAUUGGCAGUACUAGCGACCAGGGACUUAUAAAAUCUUAUGAUAACCUAUACAGACAAAUUUACAGGAGUGGGCUAUGUGGGGUUAACAAACAAAGAAAUGAUUUAUUGAACAAAGAUAAUAUUCAAAAUAUUCUAUUAUACCUUAAUAAGGGAGGUAUUAAGUGUACGAAAUGUAGAACAGUUAAUAUGUGGUAUAUGAAGAAUGUAUAA